UUACAUGUCAAGAAGACUGGUUUAAACUCCUCGGAAACCGUCGACACUUUUUUUCAAUAUUAACACACUGGACUUUUUCUUUUCAAAACCCAAGUCGAAGUAAUUUUGAAACGCCACUUCAGUUCAAGUGUGUUAAAACGGCUAUGCAGAAAGUGCGAUGAUCGAGCAGGCAGCCCCAGCGCUGGGAGCAGCACCGAGCAGCACAGACGCUCCUGACGCUGCACCCCCUUCGGCCGACUCUUCCGUGCUGCCACUUCGCUACUGCUCCUCGGCGGCUGCUCGGCUAUCUGAUUGUUGUCAUGGAGGAGCCAAGAUGGCGGUUUUGGCCUAUAGCCUAGGCAAGCGAGAGAUUAACCAGCAUUUUAGCAUCAAGAAUGCCAAGCUUCUUGCCCUCGUCGCUGUGGUGCUGCUCACUGCACUUCACUCCGUCCGUCUGUAUUACGGAGCAGAUGAUGACACAUGUAACUGGCUUCUUUCCAGUGGACGAUUCCUUGGAGAGAGUGUGUGGCAACCUUAUGGUUGCAUGAUGCAUAAAUAUAAGCGCAGUGAAGCAAGAAACUGCCUUGUUGAUAAACGUAUAGCGUUUAUAGGAGAUUCCAGAAUUCGCCAACAUUUCUUUUCUUAUCUAAAAAUUAUUGACUCUGAAGUUAAAGAAGAAGGAAACAAGCAUGAAAACAUUCCAUUUGAAGACAGAAGUUUGCCAUUAAAAGUGGAUUUUCUUUGGAAUGCUGAAGUAAAUAAUUCAAUGAAGGAGAAGUUAAUAUCCUGGACAGAGAGUUCAUCUUUAAAACCACACAUCAUUGUUGUUGGAGCAGCCACAUGGUCAAUUAAGCUGCACAAUGGCAGUGCUGAAGCUCUCAAUCAAUACAAAACCAAUCUGUCGUCAAUUGCGCGAGUACUGGAGAAGCUGGCUGAUUACAGUGAUGUUUAUUGGGUAUUGCAAGAUCCAGUAUAUGAGGAUCUGCUUAAUGAGAACAGGAAGAUGAUUACUAAUGAACAAAUUGAUUCUUAUAAUGAUGCAGCUUUAACUAUACUGAACAAAAGUAAAUGGAAGUUAAAAGCAAAAAUUAAGAUCCUUAGUGCUUCCAGGUUGGCAGCUAAAGAAACCAUUCAUGAAUCAACAGAUGGCCUGCACCUCCCAGAUAGUACAAGAGAUAUUAGUGCAAUGAUUUUAAUGAACUCUGUUUGUAACAAGAUAUUAAAACCUAUUGAUGGAUCAUGCUGCCUUCCAAAACCUUCAGUAACUCUUAUACAGAAGCUGACUUUUUGCUUUUUUGUAUUGUCAUUAUCUGCAUACUUAGUUUUAAGUUUUGCAUGUCGCACCAACCAUCGGAAAAGUAAGUCGGUUGCAGAUGUGGAAAAUGGUGAAGAGAAGAAGCCAACAACUGCCAAUUCUUCAGCAGUAAACCUAAAAACGUCACUUCAGUCUGUGUGCAAAUUAGGCCUUAUCAUGGCAUACUUCUUUUUAUGCGACAGAGAAAACAUAUUUAUGAAGGAGCAAAAAUUUUACACCCAUUCCACCUUCUUCAUCCCAUUGAUCUACAUACUGGUGCUGGGUGUAUUCUACACUGAAAAUUGCAAAGAGGCGAAGAUGUUAAACCGGGAACAAACAGAUGAAUGGAAAGGAUGGAUGCAACUGGUUAUACUGAUAUAUCAUAUAUCUGGUGCAAGUGCAUUCAUACCAGUAUAUAUGCAUGUCCGAGUCCUUGUUGCAGCCUAUCUGUUCCAAACAGGCUAUGGACACUUUUCUUUCUUUUGGCUAAAAGGAGAUUUUGGACUUUACAGAGUGUGCCAGGUGCUGUUCAGACUUAACUUCCUUGUGGUGGUGCUGUGCCUGGUGAUGGACAGGCCAUAUCAGUUCUACUAUUUUGUUCCUUUGGUGACUUUUUGGUUUGUUGUAAUAUAUGCAACAUUAGCGGUCUAUCCUCAAAUAACCCAGAAAAUAGCUAAUGGCAGUGUUUGGUGGCAUCUGGCUUUGCUGCUGAAAUUAUUUUUUUUGCUACUCUGUAUUUGGUUUUUAGCACAUUCCCAGAGUGGGUUUGAGAACAUCUUUUCCAUUUGGCCAAUUUCUAAGCUCUUUGAAAUGGAUGCAAACGUCCAUGAAUGGUGGUUCAGGUGGAAGCUAGAUCGUUUUGCUGUUCUUCAUGGAAUUUUCUUUGCAUUUCUCUACUUGGUAUUACAGAAGUGUCAAGCACUGUCAGAAGGCAAAGGCGAACCUCUCUUAUCAUUUAGAAUUUCAAAUUGUUUACUUUUCAUAUCUGUAGUUUCAUUUCUAACCUAUUCAAUAUGGGCAAGCAGCUGUAAAAAUAAGACCGAGUGCAAUGAACUACAUCCUUAUGUGUCUGUUGUACAGAUUUUAGCCUUUAUCCUUAUCAGGAACAUACCUGGAUAUGCACGCUCUGUGUAUAGUUCAUUUUUUGCCUGGUUUGGGAAAAUAUCACUAGAACUUUUUAUUUGCCAAUAUCACAUUUGGCUUGCAGCUGACACCAAGGGAAUCUUACUGUUGGUACCUGGAAGCCCAAUGCUCAACAUCAUCAUCAGCACCUUUAUUUUUGUUUGUGUGGCCCACGAGAUCUCACAGAUUACUAAUGACUUGGCGCAGGUCAUCAUUCCUAAAGAUAACUCAGCGUUACUGAAAAGACUGUGUUUUUUAGCUGCAUUUUUGCUGGCUCUUCUUUGGCUUUCUAAUUGGGAGAAGGCCCAACUUUAAUUUUUCACAGAGACAACGAAAUGACCGGCUUCUCUGUCACAGUGACCCACAUUCAAUAGAAGGGGAGGCAUGUGUUGCACAGUAAGGUUUUUCAUCAAUUUUCUGGUGAACAUAUUGUAUAUAAAAUGGACUAUAUUGAACUAUAGUGAACUGUUGGAAAAAAUAUGAUGGUAAAAAUGUAAAUAAAAAUGUUAUCUUCAUUUCUAUAUUAUUAGUUUACAAAAACAAGUGUAAUAUAUCUAGUUCUAUUUAAAUGUAAAUUGAAGUUGAAUUUUUUACAAAAGAAAAACGUGGAUUUUUUUGUAGCCAUAUGACUGCUUUUCAGAAAAAAGAAAGCUGUUUUGUUUACCUAUUGACUAUUUAUUAUAAGAAAUUAUGUGAACUUUGAAGCGCUCUUACGAGUGGGAGUUUGCAGUUCUCUUGUGUUGAAGGGCAGGUACCAAAUGGAUUGAGUGUCGGGCUGUGUCCCUGCAGAAUAUACUGGUUAGAAGUGAUGUCUCUACAUUGAAAAAUGCUUUAAUUUAAGUUUUUUCUCCUUAUCUCAUUUUUCGGGCCCUUUCAGCUAACUUAUUCAGAGUCUUGUGUUUUGCAUGGUGGUACAGAAUCCAUUUAUCCAAAUGAAGAGUGGACAGUUGGUUCGACUUAAUAGUCUAAAAUCUUUAAUUAUUUGUACUUUUUUAUUGUAGUAGCUACACCGGAACACCAACAUCAUUACAGUAACCAUUUUUACUGACCAAUAACAAUUAAUAGACUGCAAACAUAAGCAUUCAGAGUUAUACCCAAACAAAAGGAAAAGUAUCAUUAGGUGCACAUCCUUUCAUGAUAACUCCAGGGCCCGGAGUGUCUCGUCUAUAAUCCAGUCAGCCAGAGGUGAAGUCCAUCCAGGGUUUCAGGGAAUGUGGUGAUGAAACGAGAAAGACCAAAGGAGAUCUGACAGGCCAUGGUGUUGUGCGUCUGAUGUGCAGAGACCACAGAAUGAGGAGACGGCCACUGGCUACUCAUCGUCAUAUCACAGAAAAUUGAAGAAUCAGUCAGCCUUGGGCUCCUUAACAGAUAUUUGUCAUUUAAAUAAAAAGGAAUGAAUUGCCAGUUAUCAGGUAAAUAACAUUUAAUUGGGGAAAAAUCACAUGCUGGGAAAUUAAGCAUAUUUGUUUUAAAGCAGAUGUUCAUGUUUUCUUCUUUCAACUUUACAGUUUGCAUUUUUAUACCGAAUUUGAGCACUGUAAUUUGUGGUAUUUUACUUUAGUUUGAACGGGUAUGUAAAAUUCAUGUGAAUUAAUGCUGAAGUUAUAUUAAAUGUAAACUUUUUUUUUUACACAGAUGAGUACAUGCUUUAUGUUGUAAAGAUAUACAUAUUUAUAUGUAUAAAUAUUGUUUACGUAUUUUACAUUAUUGUGCAUAGACCCUUCAUUUGAUGAAUGGGCGGUUAUUUGUAUAUUUGGAUUCCCCUUUUCCCAGAUUAUUAUUAUUUGAAACAAAUAAAUGUUUUAUUCUCAAGUGUUUUGUUUUAAAUAAAAGUCUUAAGUGAAAUA